UGCUGUGAGCUGUGUAACACCACACACUCUACCGAGGGCAAUAAAGUGAGACUCUGCCUCUACAAAAAAAAAAAAAAAGAAAGGCGAAGUUGGUUUUUUUUUAAUAAGUACAUUUUAAAAUUUCUAAAGUACAAGAUUAAGUCCCCGAUUGUACCACGCAAUGACUUUCAUAAACCACACAUCCAAAGUAAUCAACACCAAGAUUGAGAAACAGACACCACCACCCCCACGCUAGAAGCUCUGCUUCAAUCACAACACCCUGCUUUCCCUCAAAAGGGCAAUCAUUAGCCUAAAUUUUUUUUUUUUUUUUUUGAGACACAGUCUCAUUCUGUUGCCCUGGGUAGGGUGCCCUGGCAUCAUCCUAGUUCACAGCAAUGGCAAACUCUUGCACUUGAGUAAUCCUCUUGCCUCAGCCUCCCAAGUAGCUGGGAUUGCAGGUGCUCACCAUGGCACACAGUUUUUUGGUGGUGUUUUUUCUCCCCUAUUUUUUUAGAUACUGGUCUCGUCUUGCUCAGGCUGGUCUCAAACUCCUGAACUUAAGCAAUCCAGCAGCCUCCACCUUCCAGAAUGUUAGGAUUACAGGCGUGAGCCACACAGCAUGGCCACUAGCCUGAUUUCUAACAGUAAGAUUUACUUUGCCAAGAUCUGUCUGUUCCAUAAUGGAGCCAAACAAUGCGUCUUACUCUGCAUAAGGGUUCACACAUUAUGUUAGUGAUAUUCAUCCAUACUGCUACUGUAUAUUUUACGUUUAUUGACCAUUGGUAUUUGUCUAUGAAUAGCCUGCCCACAUUUCUUGCCCUGAGUUUUUAUUUGGGCAAAUUUUAUGGUGGAAUAGUCACAAAUGGAAAGGAGAAAAAUUAAGAUUGAAAUGAUAGUUGAUAAAAUGAAAAAAGGUAGGCAAACUCAGUUUUGAAUCACAGGUUUUGAAUACACUUGCUAAGGGAGCCUGGUCAAGUAACUUCUCAGGUCCCAUCUUGUUUAUAAAAUGGUGAUGAGAUUUACCUCAAAGUGGUGUGAGCAAUGAAUAGGAUAACGUAUGUAAUGCUGGAAAUACAAUUAUUACAAUAGUCAAUCUGCAGAAUUAAUGGCACAGUGCACAGAAAUUUAAAAAACGUAGAAACUAGGGUGGUUAGUUGAUUUGAAAAAACAAUUUCUGGCAUUUUCACUAUCCCAUUCUCUCGUUCCUACCCCUCCACCCGGGUGUUGGUGGCGUCACUAUGGCAACGAGCACGCGCAGCCCAGGGUUCCAUCUCUGCAGUUAACGACCUUGACCGCCUCACUAGGCUGCCCAGAGGCUCUGCGGCGCGCCUCACCCGCCCGGUCUCGGAUUGGCCUAGACAAGGGACAGAAAUGGCCAAAGCAGCAGCCUCCUCGCCGCUGGAGGACUUGGAUCUGAGCGGUGAAGAGGUCCAGCGGCUCACCUCCGCCUUCCAGGACCCGGAGUUCCGGCGACUGUUCUCCAAGUACGCCGAAGAGCUCAAUGACCCCGAGAACAGGCGGCGCUACGAGGCGGACAUCACCGCGCUGGAGCGGGAGCGUGGGGUGGAAGUGCGGUUCGUGCACCCGGAGCCAGGCCACGUGCUGCGCACCAGCCUGGACGGGGAGCGGCGCUGCUUCGUGAACGUGUGCAGCAACGCGCUGGUGGGCGCGCCCUGCAGCCGGCCGGCCGCCGGGGGAGAGGGCGGGGUCGCGCCCGGCCGCCACUGGUCCCUGCCCUACAGCCUGGCGCCCGGCCGCGAGUACGCGGGGCGCGGCGGCACCCGCUACACCGUCUACGACGUGGUCUUCCACCCCGACGCGCUCGCCCUGGCCCGGCGUCACGAGCGCUUCUGCCAGAUGCUGGACGCCACGGCCCUAGAGGCGGUCGAGAGGCAGUUCAGCGUGAAGCUGGACCGCAGGAAUGCCAAGACCCUGAAGAUCAAGUACAAAGGGACCCCGGAGGCCGCCGUGUUGCGCACGCCCCUGCCCGAGGGCGGCCCGGCCCGGCCCGAGGGGAAGCCGGAGAGCCCGCUCCUGGACUUCCCCUACCCCUACCGGUAUCCGGCCCCCGCCGGGAACCCCGCGGGCCCCCGGCCCCCGGAGCCCACACCCCCGGAGGCGCCGCCGCAGCCCGUCCCUACCGAACCUCGCUACAGCGUGGUGCAGCGCCACCACGUGGACCUGCAGGACUACCGCUGCUCCCGGGACUCUGUCCCAAGCCCCGUGCCCCAUGAGCUGGUGGUCACCAUCGAACUGCCCUUGUUGCGCUCGGCCGAGCAGGCAGCGCUGGAGGUGGCGGGAAAGCUGCUGUGCCUCCACUCGAGAAAGCCCGACUACCGGCUGCGCCUGUCGCUGCCGUACCCGGUGGACGACAGCCGCGGCAAAGCGCAGUUCAACAAGGCGCGGAGGCAGCUGGUGGUCACGCUGCCGGUGACGCCGCCGGCCGCGCGCCCGGAGCCCCCUGCGGCGCCGGAAGCGUCCGCGGCUGGGCCCGGAACUGACGGCGCGGCCUAUGCUUCCUCCGGCGAGGGCGGGGCGGGGCCGGCGUGGGGUCGCGCCGGGGACGAAGGCGGGGGUCCCGACCGAGCGGGGACUUCAGACCCGGGGAACGCGCCCCCGGGCGCCCCCGAGCUGGCCGGUGCUGGAGAGGAGGAGCUGGUCCCCGAGCGGGAGGGGCAGGACUGGGGCAGGCACACGGUCGCUCGCGUCGGGGAGGCGCCGUCUUCCGCAGCGGAGAGUUUGCUCGGUGGCGGCGUCUCCGCUUUUUCUUCAUCCCGGGGCUUGGACUGGGCGGGCGAGCUCAGUGUGGACGCGCGCGCGGCCCCGGAGGGCGCGGGCGGGGAGCGCUCGGCCGCGGCCAUGGGUGGUCCCGGGACCGAGAGCGGGGAACUUUCGUGUCCUCCGUUGCUGUGUAAUCAGGAGGAGGAAUCGUUGACUCUGCUAAUUCAAGUGCCUCGGAUCCAGCCCCAAAGUCUUCAAGGGGAUUUGAGCCCCCUCCGGUACAAGUUGCGCUUUUCCACCCAAGACUUAGUUUAUUCCUUCUUUUUGCAAUUUGCUCCGCAAAACAAAUUGAGUACCAAAGAACCAGUGAUUAGCAUUUCUUCAAACAAUGCAGUGAUCGAACUGGCCAAAUCUCCAGAGAGCCAUGGACUUUGGAGAGAGUGGUAUUAUGGUUUAAACAGCGAUUCUUUGGAGGAAAGGUUGUUUGUCAAUGAAGAAAAUGUUAAUGAGUUUCUUGAUGAAGUCCUGAGCUCUCCAUUCAAACAGACUAUGUCCCUAAGUCCGCCAUUAAUUGAGGUUCUUGGAGUUACUGAUAAUAAGAUUCAAAUUACUACAAAGUUGCAAGAAUGUAGCAACUCUGAUCAGCUUCAAGGAAAAGAAGAAAGAGUCAGUGAAGGAAGUCAUCUAACUGAAAAAGGAAAUGUAGAACAUUUUACCACUUCUACAAAUGAUUCUGAUUCAUCUGUAGCAGUUAAAGCUCUACAAAUAGAUGGUUGUGGUUCAGUUGCAUGUUUUCAUCAGAAGUCUCAGAUGCUAUGUGAAAAAUCUCAGCCACCUGAAUUGCAAAUGAAACCUGAAUUUGUAAAAGAAAAAUAUGCUUCUUACUCAAAUAAGGAAAAAGAUAACUUAAAAGAACCACUAAUAACUGAAGAAAAAGAAUUAGAUGGAGAUCACCUAUCUUCAUUACUAAACAAAACUACAGUUCACAAUAUGCCUGAUUUUGACAGCAUAAAAGAAACCAAUAUGGAGGAUGGGAGCGUGCAGAUUAUCAAAGAUCAUGUGACACAUUGUGCAUUCAGUUUUCAGAAUUCUUUGCUAUAUGAUUUAGAUUGAUUAUAUAGAACUGUAAUUAUAUUAAAAAAUAAAAUUAUAUGGAAUUCAUCCAAAAUUUGCAAUUUUGAUUCUACUGGGGAAACUGGAGGUAAUUUUUUUGCCUCUAGAAUUUAAGUGAAGUUUCCUUAGUUAUGGAGAUAAGGGUUGUGAUUCUUCUGAUGGAGAGUUAAACAUUUUGUUUUAAUAUAACCUGUAUAUAUUUACUUCCAUGUUAAUUCUUGCUUCCUUUGUUUAACAUCAAUAAAGUUCAAAAUAAUUAUUCACUAAGUUGCAUUUGUCACACAAAGUAAUUCUCAGAAAUUUAACUGGAAAUAGGAGUAUGUGUGUGUGGGGGGCAAAAUCUCAAAACUUAAAUCUAACUGGGAUGUAGUCACACUUAAAAUAGAGGUUCUUAGAGGGAAAGGAACUUUACUAACCAAUAUUAGCCAUCUAAAGAAUUUCAAUAGACACACCAAAUGAAAUUUAGUAUUUUUUAUUAACUAGUUACCCUUCUGUUACAUCAACUAUAUAUAAUAGAGGUUAAAUUAUUUAAUAAUGACCUGGAGAAUUCAAUUUUUAAAAAGAAUUGGUGACUUGAAAUACUAAAAUAUUGGGCUGGGUGCCAUGGCAGCUGUAAUCCCUACACUUGGGGAGGCUGAGGCAGGCAGAUUGCCUGAGCUCAUGAAUGAGUUCGAGACUGGCCUGAGCUACAGCGAGACCCUGUCUCUAAAAAUAGCCAGGCGUUGUGGCAGGCACCUGUAGUCUUGGCUCAUCGGGAGGCUGAGGCAGGAGGAUCGCUUGAGCCCAGGAGUCUGAGGUUGCUGUGAGCUAUGAUGCCACAGCACUACUGGGGGAUAGGAGGUGGGGAUACAAAGUGAGACUCUGUCUCAAAACAAAAAAUUGUAAAUCAUCUUGGUUUUAUAGAAUACAUUUAAGAAUUUAAAAAAUCUGGCAAUGUGAUAGGAAAAUUGUCUUCUAUUAUUACAUAAAAACAAAAGCCAGUGUUUUUUUUUAAAAAGAUGCAGUUUUCCUGUACUGCCUAGGCUGGAUGUGAACUCCUAGACUCAAGCGAACCUCCACCUUAGCCUCCUAAAUAAUUAUUUUACAAUGCCUCAAAUUUGCAAAGAGCAAAUCCUAAAAACAUGUGGGAUGACAUGAAAGAAAAUGUAGGAAGAAAAAUGUUUGUUGAUCUAAUCAGUAACUCUUAAGGUCAUGAGUUGAUCUAUUUUUGUUCCCAAAACCAGCUACUAAGUCGGCUGACCUUAGCUCGGUCCUGGAAAUCCCCUAAUUUCCUUAGUCCUUUGAAGUGGUAAUGUCAAGUCAGAGUACCAAAAAGUACAAAGUCUGCUGAUUCAUCAAUUUACAACUAUAACCCCCAGUUAAAAUCUGGCACCAGAGUGAACUGUGAGGGUAGUAGAAAGGUAGCUUACAAAGCAAGAAAACUAUCUGCCUUACCUUAGGUGAGCAUAUGUGCUGUUCAAUCACUACGAACUUUAAAUUGAUGAGUAACUUUGAUGCUGUGUAUUUGUUUCCUUAGGUUUAAAUGGCUAAUUGUAAUACUUUUACACAGAAAUUAAUCUUUUAUAAGUAACUGUUGGUUGAUUGCAAUUAUAAAGGAAAACUUGUAUAAACUACAUUAAACGUGAUUUUUUUGCGGGGGCGGGGGAACACUCACUCUGUUCCCUUAGGUAGAGUGCUGUGGCAUCAUAGCUCACAGCAACCUCUAACUCUUGGGCUCAAACAAUCCUCUUGCCUCAGCUUCCAGAGUAGCUGGGACUAUAGGCACCUGCCACAGUACCUGGCUAGUUUUUCUAUUUUUAGUAGAGAUAGGGUCUUCAACUCCUGAGCUCAGGCAAUCCACCUGCUCCCUGAGUGGUAAGAUUACAGGCAUGAGCCACUGCCUGGCCAACGCGGAGUAAAUUUUAAGCCUGUUAUUUACUGUAUCUUUUUAUAAAGUAUGAUUUCAGUUAAAGCUGGCACUAAGGAGUAUUUCACUUUGGCAUGACUGAACUUUGUAUCAUUUCUGGCUUUCAAAAACAAUUUAGGCUGUUUUCCUGUUACACAGCAACUUUUUAUUGUUUAUUAUCUAUGCCUGGCUAAUUUGAAAGGCAAACAGUUUCUUCCAAAGGUCUUCCAAAGGGAAUGCAUCCUCAUGAGCUAGGUUUUAUUCAAACUCAAUUAUACAAUGUAUGGAUAAGUAAACAUUGACAUAUAAUGAAUGCUAACUUUGAAAACUUGAGAAUGCCUCUACUGUAUUUUGGUGUAAAGAGUUAACAAAACUUACUCUACAAUAACCUUAGGAACCCAUUUAUGCAAAAAUGAGUAUUUUAUUUUGGCAGCACUAAAAGAAAAAAAAAACCCACUGUAUUCUACAUUGAGGUGAAAACAAUGUUUGAACUUUCUUACCAAUCAAAUACAUUCCAAAAGAAAGUGAUCUAUGAAGGUUCCAAAGCACAGGCAAAUCUUAGCACAACAGUAAUCUAUAAUACUGAAAAUGACUGUUCUGACAAGAUGUUUAACAAACAUAACUUGAAUUAUUAAACCAGUGAAGCAAUCCCUUCUGUGUCAAGGGUGAAAGGUGAAACUGGGCUUAUUCCAUUAAUACUCUUUAACAAUUUCAUUGUAAUACUUUUUACUGUUAUGACAGUUUUAAAUAAAUUUUGCUGUACUUAAAAUAAGUUUUGAAAGUGGAAAAGUAUACAAAGUUUCAGAUAAAAAGAUUAAUAGAUGCAAUUUAAAUAAAA